AUGCUGCCCGCGCGCUGUGCCCGUUUGCUCACGCCCCACUUGCUGCUCGUGUUGGUGCAGCUGUCCCUGGCUCCCGGCCACCGCACCACCGGCCCCAGGUUCCUAAUAAGUGACCGUGACCCUCAGUGCAACCUCCACUGCUCCCGGACUCAACCCAAACCCAUCUGUGCCUCCGAUGGCAGGUCCUACGAGUCCAUGUGUGAGUACCAGCGAGCCAAGUGCCGAGACCCGACCCUGGGUGUGGUACAUCGAGGUAGAUGCAAAGCUGAGAGCAAUUAUUCCAGCCGCCACCAGGUGCAGUGCCAUACUUACACGGGGUACUGCUGGUGUGUCACCCCUGAUGGGAAACCAAUCAGUGGCUCUUCUGUGCAGAAUAAAACUCCUGUAUGUUCAGGUUCAGUCACCGACAAGCCUUUGAGCCAGGGUAACUCAGGAAGGAAAGAUGAUGGGUCUAAGCCGACGCCCACGAUGGAAACUCAGCCGGUGUUCGAUGGAGAUGAAAUCACAGCUCCAACUCUCUGGAUUAAACACUUGGUAAUCAAGGACUCCAAACUGAACAACACCAACGUAAGAAAUUCAGAGAAAGUCCACUCGUGUGACCAGGAGAGACAGAGUGCCCUGGAAGAGGCCCAGCAGAACCCCCGCGAGGGUAUUGUCAUCCCCGAGUGUGCUCCUGGGGGCCUCUAUAAACCAGUACAGUGCCACCAAUCCACAGGCUAUUGCUGGUGUGUGCUGGUGGACACAGGGCGCCCACUGCCUGGGACCUCCACACGCAACCUUGGCUGCCCAGAAGGGAAGAAAAUGGAAUUCAUCACCAGCUUACUGGAUGCUCUCACCACUGACAUGGUUCAGGCCAUUAACUCAGCAGCGCCCACUGGAGGUGGGAGGUUCACUGAGCCAGACCCCAGCCACACCCUGGAGGAGCGCGUCGUGCACUGGUACUUCAGCCAGCUGGACAGCAACAGCAGCAACGACAUUAACAAGCGGGAGAUGAAGCCCUUCAAGCGCUAUGUGAAGAAGAAAGCCAAGCCCAAGAAAUGUGCCCGGCGUUUCACUGACUACUGUGACCUAAACAAGGACAAGGUCAUCUCUCUGCCUGAGCUGAAGGGCUGCCUGGGUGUUAGCAAGGAAGGUGGUAGCCUCGGCAGCCUCCCUCAGGGAAAACGAGCAGGCACAAAUACGUUCAACCCCUGGGUGGCCUGGAAUCAGUGA